CGUAUGCGCAGCAGCAGCAGCGCGCAAAAAUCGGAAUCGAAAAUUUCUAGUUUCUGUCUGAUACACACAGUCAAGACAGGCUGUUAAAUCGAGAAAGUGUUGGAAAAGUGGCCAAUAAAAUGCAGGAAAUGUGGCAAAAUUGAAAUCGUUUAUCUAACAAGUUGUGCAAAAUCAUUUUCAAACGGUAAACGUGCGAAUUUGUGCGACGAAAAUGCAAAGUUUUGUGUGAAAUCGCAAUUUACUUCAGCAGUUGCGGCGUUCAUGGGCUUUACAUCACACUACGGCAACAAGACGGAGACACGCAAGCAAUUGAAUUAAUAAAAGUGCAGCUAAUUGAAGUGCAAAAUAGUAGCGGCGGCAAGUGAAUAACGCCUACGGCUGAAUCGACAGCUGAUGAUGACAACCACAGCAACAACAACCAAUUUAAUAUAAUUGCAAUAAAAAGUAAUGAAGAAUACGCAGAAUUAACAACGCAAGGUGUUAAUAAAGUAUUUUAAAGUGGAGUCUAAGGUUAAUGAUAAAAAUAAAACGUGUAGCAAACCUCGAAACAAGUGUGGUGAAGUGAACAAAAUUAAAUAGAAAACGACAAGAAGAAGCAGCAACGCGUUUCGGCGUAGAUAAGAAGAUUUCAACUAAAGAUCUCAAUCAUUCCAUAUAUAUAUAUAUAAACUACCAUUAAAAACUUGAAGAUAACUACAACAAAAAUCACAUCACUCUCAGCAAAUCGAAUUCCGCAAUCUCAAAUAAAUAACCAGAUGCACCGAAAAUGUGAUUAUUUGCCUGCAAAUUGUCAAAAUAACUCAAAAGAAGAGUCACAAAGACGAAAAUGAUAAUCUAGUCGCAAAAAUCAAGCAGGAACUUGAUUCCUGUUGCAAAGUUUAAGCCAGCAAGACUUUUGGCUUUUGAAAAAUAAACAUAUAACGGCAAAUUUUAGUUGUAAAUAAAUUUUUGAAAAAUAUACUGUUAGUUGAGCUGAAAGUCGUCGGCCAUUCAAAAUGACGAAAAAGUACGAGUUCGAUUGGAUCAUUCCGGUGCCGGAGGAAUUGACCACCGGCUGCGUGUUCGAUCGCUGGUUUGAGAAUGAGAAGGAAACAAAGGAGAAUGACUUUGAGAAAGACGCAAUGUUCAAAGUGGACGAAUACGGAUUCUUUUUGUAUUGGAAAAGCGAUGGCAGGGAUCCGAAAAUUCUCGAUAAAGUGACAAAAAAGAAUGGCACCGAUAUGGUGGCCUUGGAUAAACGUUCACUGACAAUAUGUUCGAAUACAGAUUACAUAAAUAUAACAUAUCAUCAUGUUAUCUGUCCGGAUGCAGCAACGGCAAAGCGCUGGCAAGAGGGUUUACGUUAUAUAACACAUAAUAAUAAGGCAACCAAUGUGUGCCCGAGAACAAAUUUAAUGAAGCAUUGGAUGCGCUUAAGUUUUUCGGUGGAAAAAGGUGGCAAGAUACCCAUUAAAGUGGUAGCGAAAACUUUUGCGUCCGGCAAAACGGAAAAGCUAGUGUAUCAGUGCUUUAAGGAAGUCGGACUACCGGACGAUAAGAGUGCCACCAUGACGAAGGAAGAGUUCACAUUCGAUAAGUUUUAUGCGCUGUACCACAAGGUGUGCCCACGCAAUGACAUCGAAGAGCUGUUCACUUCCAUCACUAAGGGUAAAUCGGAAGUCAUUUCGAUGGCACAGUUCGUACAGUUCAUGAAUGAUAAGCAACGUGAUCCACGUAUGAAUGAAAUUUUAUAUCCUCUCUAUGAUGAGAAGCGUUGCACGGAAAUUAUCAACGAUUAUGAAUUGGAUGAGGAGAAGAAGAAAGCGGGUCAAUUGUCGAUGGAUGGUUUUAAGCGCUACCUCAUGUCCGAUGAGAAUGCGCCCGUAUUCUUAGAUCGCUUGGAAAUGUAUAUGGAAAUGGAUCAUCCAUUGGCGCAUUACUAUAUCAAUAGCUCACAUAACACCUAUCUGUCGGGUCGUCAAAUCGGUGGUAAGAGUUCGGUGGAAAUGUAUCGGCAGACGCUACUGGCGGGUUGUAGAUGCGUUGAGCUGGACUGUUGGAAUGGUAAAGGUGAAGACGAGGAGCCCAUUGUAACUCACGGCCACGCCUACUGUACUGAAAUUCUAUUUAAAGAUUGCAUUCAAGCCAUCGCCGAUUGUGCAUUUGUCUCCUCCGACUAUCCUGUUAUAUUAUCCUUUGAGAAUCACUGCAAUCGUGCGCAGCAAUAUAAAUUAGCUAAAUACUGUGAUGACUUCUUCGGUGAACUAUUACUAAAAGAACCGUUGCCCGAACAUCCGCUCGAUCCUGGUUUACCACUCCCACCGCCUAAUAAAUUGAAACGGAAAAUACUAAUAAAGAAUAAACGCAUGAAGCCGGAAGUCGAAAAGGUCGAAUUGGAGCUCUGGUUAAAGGGUGAACUGAAGACCGAUGAUGAUCCGGAGGAAGAUGCCAGCGCCAAACCACCUGAGGCGGCGCCACCACCAGAGGCUGCCGCUGCACCACCAGCGGGCGAGCCCGGCGCAGAUGGUGCUGCGCCUGAAGCGGAAGCAGCAGCGGUCAAUUACAGCGGCUCCACGACGAAUGUACACCCCUGGCUGUCAUCGAUGGUCAAUUAUGCGCAGCCCAUUAAAUUCCAAGGCUUCGAUAAAGCUAUUGAAAAGAAUAUCGCUCACAACAUGUCGUCGUUCGCCGAAGCGGCUGGCAUGAAUUAUCUUAAACAGAGCUCCAUCGACUUUGUCAAUUAUAAUAAACGUCAAAUGUCGCGCAUUUACCCGAAAGGCACACGCGCCGACUCUUCCAACUAUAUGCCACAAGUGUUCUGGAACGCUGGCUGUCAGAUGGUCUCGCUCAAUUUCCAAACCUCCGAUCUGCCUAUGCAAUUGAAUCAGGGUAAAUUUGAAUAUAACGGUGGCUGUGGCUACUUGCUCAAACCGGAUUUUAUGCGCCGCUCAGACAAGGAUUUUGAUCCGUUUGCCGAUGCGCCCGUGGACGGUGUCAUUGCCGCGCAGUGCUCCGUGAAAAUAAUAGCCGGUCAAUUCUUGUCAGAUAAAAAAGUCGGCACCUACGUCGAAGUCGACAUGUUCGGUCUACCCUCGGACACCGUAAAGAAAGAGUUUCGUACACGUUUGGUGCCUAACAACGGUUUGAAUCCCGUAUACAAUGAGGAUCCGUUUGUCUUUCGUAAAGUGGUGCUGCCCGAUUUGGCUGUGUUACGUUUCGGCGUCUAUGAAGAGAGCGGCAAAAUGAUUGGACAACGUAUAUUACCGUUGGACGGUUUACAGGCCGGCUAUCGUCACGUCUCGCUACGUACCGAAGCGAAUUUCCCAAUGUCGUUGCCUAUGCUUUUCGUCAACAUCGAAUUAAAGAUUUAUGUACCUGAUGGCUUUGAAGAUUUCAUGGCCAUGCUGUCGGAUCCGAAAGGAUUUGCGGGCGCUGCAGCAAAACAAAAUGAACAAAUGAAGGCGCUGGGCAUUGAAGAACAGAGCGGUGGUGCGGCACGUGAUGCAGGCAAAGCCAAGGAAGAGGAGAAGAAGGAGCCACCACUGGUAUUCGAGCCAGUUACGUUAGAAUCACUGCGCGGUGAGAAGGGCUUCCAAAAGGUGGCCAAAAAGCAAAACAAAGAGCUUGAUACGCUUAAGAAGAAACACACCAAGGAACGCAUGACCAUGCAGAAGAAUCAGAAUGCGGCUAUUGAUCGGCUAAUCAAGGGCAAAAGCAAAGAUGAAAUCCGCAACGACACCACGAUCAAGAACGCAAUUACCGAGCAGACGCAACAGUGGACCGAGAUGAUUGCCAAACACAAGAAAGAGGAAUGGGACAUGUUGCGGCAGCAUGUGCAGGACUCGCAAGAAGCAAUGAAGGCUUUAAUGUUGACCGUACAGGCGCAACAGGUGAAGCAGUUGGAGGAACGGCACGCGCGUGAUAUUAAAGACUUGAAUGCUAAACAAGCCAAAACCUCCGCUGAUACCGCCAAAGAGGUGCAAAAUGACAAAACAUUGAAGACGAAGAAUGAGAAGGAUCGACGACUGCGUGAGAAGCGACAAAAUAAUAUCAAACGCUUUAUGGAAGAGAAAAAGCAAAUCGGUGUUAAACAGGGACGUGCUAUGGAAAAACUUAAAGUGGCACACGGCAAACAAGUCGAGGAAUUUAGUACUGACGUGCAAAAGUUACUCGAUAUGUACAAAAUGGAGGAGGAGGCCUACAAAAUACAAGGCAAGUCGGAAUUCUAUGCCUAGAACCCAACUAUAACCGCAGAGCAGCCACUCUUAUAAUAUUGGUGUGCACGUGACAUGGUGAAGUGGUGGAAAACAAUUAAACGCUUACAGUGUAAGCCUGUCAUGGAAACGAAACGGCAGUUGGCAGCACUUAUGCGAAAGUUUAAAAUGCAAUCGAAAUAAUAAGUAUUUAAUAUUUAUUUAGUUAUUUAUAGCAACUAAAGAGUAUAAAUUAAGAAUCAAAACAAAACAAGAAAAAUCUAAAGAUUAGAACGCAAUUCUAUGUAAAACCUUUCAAAGCGAAUAUUGAAGAAAAAUUAUUUAUAGUAAAGUAACGUGAAA